CCCGGGCUCGGUCGCGGUGUGUGAGGAUGCCUCGCUGAUGGGCGCGCUGCUGUGGCUGGCGGGCUGCUGGCUGCUGCACGCCGCCGCCGCCGGCAACCCCGACGCCAAGCGCCUGUACGACGACCUGCUGUCCAACUACAACAAGCUGGUGCGGCCCGUCGUCAACACCACGGACGUGCUGCGCGUCUGCAUCAAGCUCAAGCUCAGCCAGCUCAUCGAUGUCAAUUUGAAGAACCAGAUUAUGACAACAAACCUGUGGGUGGAACAGUCGUGGUAUGAUUACAAACUGCGGUGGGAGCCGCGCGAGUAUGGCGGCGUGCACAUGCUGCAUGUGCCCUCAGACCACAUAUGGCGGCCCGACAUCGUGCUAUACAAUAACGCAGAUGGCAACUACGAGGUGACGCUGAUGACCAAGGCCACGGUCUACUACAACGGCAUGGUGGUGUGGCAGCCGCCCGCCGUGUAUAAGUCCUCCUGCUCUAUCGACGUCGAGUUCUUUCCUUACGACGUGCAAACCUGUGUGCUUAAGUUAGGCAGCUGGACAUAUGACGGCUUCAAGGUGGACCUGAGGCAUAUGGACGAACAGUCUGGCAGUAACAUAGUGUCGGUUGGCGUCGACCUCUCCGAGUUCUAUAUGUCGGUGGAGUGGGACAUACUGGAGGUGCCCGCAGUCAGGAACGAGAAAUUCUAUACGUGCUGCGACGAGCCCUACCUGGAUAUAACGUUCAACAUCACCAUGCGGCGGAAAACUCUCUUCUACACCGUCAACAUCAUCAUCCCGUGUAUGGGCAUCUCUUUUCUCACCGUCCUUACAUUCUAUCUGCCCUCCGAUAGCGGGGAAAAGGUGACGCUGUCGAUAUCGAUCCUCAUUAGUCUCCACGUGUUCUUCCUGCUGGUGGUGGAGAUCAUCCCGCCCACGUCGCUGGUCGUGCCGCUGCUGGGGAAGUACCUCAUCUUCGCCAUGAUAUUAGUCUCUAUAAGCAUCUGCGUAACGGUGGUGGUGCUGAACGUGCACUUCCGGUCGCCGCAGACGCACCGGAUGUCGCCAUGGGUGAAGCGCGUGUUCAUCCACAUCCUGCCGAGACUGCUCUUCAUGAAGCGCCCGCAGUACAAGUUCGACACCAACAGCAUCCACAGGUCGAAGUAUACGGCGUGCGGCGUGGUGGUCCGGUGCGGCGGCGCGGCUCGGCCCCUCUACCCUUACCGGCUGGCGGCCGCUGACGAUGACUGCUGCGCGCCCGGCGCCUGGCCCCCCGCCGCCCCCGCGCCACCCCGCCCCGCACCCCUCACCAGGUCGCCCAGCAAGGAGGACCUUACACACACCACUUAUGUGCAGUCCGGGAUAACGGAAAGCAACCGCUUCGGAGGCAGCUGCGUGGUCCACGGGUCGGAGGCGGGCGAGGAGGCGCUGUCGCCGGUACCCGAGCCGGUACCGGAACCCCCGGGCUUCAGCCACUCCGCGUGCCCGCCCGAGGUCCACCGCACCUGCUUCUGCGUGCGCUUCAUAGCGGAGCACACGAGGAUGUUGGAGGACUCCACUAAGGUAAAAGAAGACUGGAAGUACGUGGCGAUGGUGCUGGACCGGCUGUUCCUGUGGAUCUUCACGUUGGCGGUGCUGGUGGGCACGGCCGGCAUCAUCCUGCAGGCGCCCACCUUGUACGACGACCGCGUGCCCAUCGACAAACACUUCAACCAGAUCGCCACCUCCACGCUCGUCCGCUGCCCGCCGCCCAACUAGACUGACCACGUUCCCAGCUGACCACGUCAGCCACUCACCAUGUCACAUGUUAACGACUGAUCACGUCAACAUGUAAUUUGUUAGCGAAAACGUUUAGAAUGUUUAGCAUUUUUCUCGUGUUAUUAAAUGGUCUGAAGAUCAUCUAAAUAAUAGAUCAGGUAGGUAUUACUUUGAUAAAUUGAUAUGUUCGCUGCCAAAUAAGCCAAUACAGUUAAUUUAAGGAUUUUUUUAGAUACAAAUUACCACGUCGUACGCACAAGAGACCCGAAUUAAUAUUGUUUAUAGGACAAAAUACCAUAACUCCAAAGUUAAAGUUCUUAAUGGCGCGCCUGGGGCAAUCUCGGACUAAGUCUAACCCUCUUGGGACGUACCCGAGUAAGACAUCCGCCGAGCUGCCCUUUACUAUUAGGUAGACAAACUAUUAUAUAAACUUGCUCUUAUUUACAUUAUAGUGGAUGAUACAGUUCAACAAGACGUUUUUGACACAUGUUACAAAUAAGGCAGAUAGUGUAAUGCUAUGUACUCACAUACGGUUUUGCUCGAUAGUUUU